UUGGAAUCGACGUAGAACAGGUUUUCUUUCAUCCCGAGAGCCCUCCCCCAAACUAGCUGAGAGAUCCUUCCAUCCCAAAUGGUGAGGUCGGUGCCCGCCAAUGAGAAUCACAUUCCUUCCGCAGUUGCCAGGCGAAGUGUUGCUUCCGCAUGGAAGAGCUACGCCAUAGCAGCGACACUGGGUGUUCUUCUCUCGUGGGCUUACUUGUCUGGAGUGAAGGCUCCGCCUCCUCGAAUUUGCGGGCAGCCGAAUGGACCUCCAGUGACCGCUCCAAGGAUUGUUCUUAGUGAUGGUAGAAAAUUGGCUUACAGUGAAAGAGGGGUUCCAAAGGAACAAGCAAAACACAAACUCAUUGUUGUGCAUGGCCUUGACGGGUCCAGGCACCAAUCCCUUUCACUGGUAUCACAGGAGCUUCUCGAGGAGCUGAGUGUGUACAUGGUGUCUUACGAUCGAGCCGGUUAUGGACAGAGCGACCCAAAUCCAACACGAACCGUGAAGUCGGAGGCUUUCGACGUUGAAGAAUUCACAGACCAACUUGAGCUGGGACCAAAGUUUUACUUGGCAUCUAUCUCGAUUGGAGGCUACACCGCUUGGUCUUGCCUUUACUACAUCCCCCACAGAUUGGCUGGAGUUUUGAUGUUCUCGCCCGUCACAAACUUUUGGUGGUCGAGGCUCCCAUCCCGGGAAGCCUACAAUGCGUUUCACACGCAGGCCAUUGGAGACAAGCUCGCGCUGCUCGUCGCUCACUACACCCCCUCCUUCCUCUACUUUUGGAUGACACAAAAACUCCUCCCAACCUCGAGCACCAUGGGAGCGCUCCACUUACAUUGCAACCCAAUGGACAGGGACACAAUACUCGGAGGAAAACCGGAUCCUGCUAUUGCCGAAGAGGCAAUGCAGCAAGGGAUCUUCGAGUCGAAAAUUCGUGACAAGAUGGUCAUGUUUGGCAACUGGGAGUUCGACCCCUCGGACGUCCCGGAUCCAUUCCCGAGCAAGAAUGGGUCGGUCCACAUAUGGCAGGGUGACGAAGACUAUCUCGUCCCUGUGGCGUUGCAGCGCUAUGUCCAUCGAUCCCUCCCGUGGAUCCAGUAUCAUGAGCUUGCCGGGGUUGGGCAUUUGCUCCAUGCUGCGCCGGGUGUGACUGAGAAAGCAUUUCGCCAGCUCUUCCAAUCAUCCUGAUACCCAAUGAAUACAUCACUGUGUAUGUCAACAUACGCUAAUUUACAAAAAUGUUUUA